CUUAGUGGUGAAAUCUUGGCACCACACACCGAAAUUUCGCGAUUAGAUAGAGAAGUGGAAUUUUGUUUCUGUUGCAGCGAACCUAACCACAUAAAUUCUGCCAACGAAACAAUGGCAGGAAAUAAACCAGGAAAGCCCAAGAGCAAGCGCGUCUCUGUACGCCUUCGUCAUAAGAUCGAGAAGGCCUCGUCCGCGAAGCAAAGAAAGGAACGCAAGAACGGAAAGAAGAAUCCAGAAUGGAAGUCGCGCAUGAAGAAGGAUCCUGGGAUCCCCAACCUCUUCCCGUACAAAGAUAAGAUCCUGGCAGAGAUUGAGGAGGCGAGGAUAAGGAAGCAAGAGGAGGCUGUUAAGAGGCGUGCGGAGCUUAAGGCUCUGAAGAAGUCUGGAGAGGAUGUCGAUAAGGACAUUGAGGCCCAGAUGGAGGGUGUCGAGGCAGAGGAUGAGGAUGAGGAUGAAUUCAACAUGGAUGACAUGGAUGGAGAUGAUGAUACCAACCCUAUGGCUGCCUUGCUCGCAAGCGCAAGAGCCAGGGCUCAGGAAUACGAGGAGGAGUCUGGCAGCGACGAGGACGAAGACGAGGACAGCGAUAUGGACGGAAUGGACGUCGACGGAGUUUCACAAGCCUUGCCUAACAAGAAGGACGGCUCAAGAAAGGCAUUCGACAAAGUCUUCAAGCAAGUCGUCGACCAAGCCGACGUAAUCCUCUACGUCCUCGACGCCCGCGACCCCGAAGGCACCCGCUCCAAAGAAGUCGAGCGCAUGGUCAUGGCUGCCGCAAGCGGAGGCAAGCGUCUAAUCCUCGUCCUCAACAAGAUCGAUCUCAUCCCCGCCGCCGUCCUCAAAGCCUGGCUCAUCCACCUCCGCCGCUACUUCCCGACCCUUCCCCUCCGCGCCUCCGGCCCAGCCCCCAACGCGCACCAAUUCAACCACAAAUCCCUCACCGUGCAGAGCACUGCGACCACGCUCUUCAAAGCGCUGAAGUCCUUCGCGGCCCGCAAGCAGCUCAAGCGCGCCAUCUCCGUCGGCGUCAUCGGCUACCCCAACGUCGGCAAGUCCUCCGUCAUCAACGCCCUGACCUCGCGUCUCGGCGGCGGCCAAUCCUGCCCCACCGGCGCUGAGGCAGGUGUCACCACCUCCCUCCGCGAAGUAAAGAUCGACAGCAAGCUCAAGCUUCUCGACUCUCCCGGUAUCGUGUUCCCCAGUACCCACGACGGCACCAAGGCGUCCAAGGUAGAGGAGAACGCGCGCCUGGUGCUCCUCAACGCGGUGCCGCCGAAGCAGAUCGAGGAUCCCGUCCCGGCUGUUACGCUGCUCCUUAAGCGCCUCUCGAGGACCCCGGAGAUGACCACGAAGCUUAUGGAGGUGUACGGACUGCCACCUCUGGUGACGGCGUCGAAUGGUGACCCAACGAACGAUUUCUUGAUCCAGGUUGCGAGAAAGCGUGGACGUCUUGGGAAGGGCGGCGUGCCCAACCUUCCUAGUGCUGCUACGACUGUCAUCACGGACUGGAGAGAUGGACGUAUUCAGGGAUGGAUGGACGCACCGCUGUUGGCUGUCGCGCCGACGCUUGCUCCCGGUGAGGUCCAGGUGGGCGCUGUUGUUGGUGACCAGAAGGAGAUUGUUGCGGAGUGGGCGGAGGAGUUCAAGUUGGAGGGACUUUGGGGCAGUGGUGGUGCGAAUGAUGAUGCGAUGGAAGAGUAGGGGUAGAUGGGACAGUAUUCUUGGCAUAAUAUUUGGCGUCUGGAAUAACAUGUGGGACUGGAAAAAGGACACAGCUUGUAGGCGUCAAUGUUAUAGUUGUUAGCUGUGAGAUCAAAAUAUGACUACAUCAC